CAUUCGUCUUAACUGAAAUCAAUUUCAUAUCAAUUUUGUAUUGUUCUGCUGUCAAAAAUUCGUUUUCUGGACGUAUAUAUCAUAUUUAGCCCACCGACAUCUUUACUGCCAACAUUAUUAGGUUGUAAGUUUGCCGCUUAACUUAUAGAAAGUGCUGUUCUUGUUGGGUAGUUUGUCGGACAAGGAGAAAUGGCGUGCUUGUUGGAGGCCCCCCUACGCAUCAGCGUGUUGUCUGAAGUAACCGCAACCAGUCGACAUUAUGUGGACCGGCUCUUUGAUCCAGAUCCGCAGAAAGUUCUGCAGGGAGUAAUUGACAUGAAGAAUGCAGUCAUUGGAAACAACAAGCAAAAGGCCAACCUAAUUGUCCUGGGAGCCGUGCCCAGGCUCCUAUAUUUGCUCCAGCAAGACUCCUCUAUUGAGGAACUGAGGACGGAGUGUGCAGUGGUGCUAGGCAGUCUGGCCAUGGGCACAGAGAACAACAUCAAGUCCCUGGUGGAUUGUCACAUCAUACCUGCCCUUUUGCAAGGCCUGCUCUGUCCGGACCUGACCUUCAUAGAGGCCUGCCUGCGUUGCUUAAGAACAGUGCUCAUCAGCCCUGUUACACCAGUGCAACUACUUUAUACUGAUCCGACUGUGAUUCCCCAUCUCAUGUCUCUGAUGAACCAGAGUCUGCGUACACAAGAAUACAUCACACAGAUCAUCUCUCACUGCUGCAAGACCCCAGAGCAUCAGACUGUUCUAUUCAACCAUGGUGCCAUCCAGAACAUAGCACCUCUGCUCAUCUCGCCAUCUUUUAAGGUGCAAAUGCAAGCUCUGAAAUGUUUUUCAGUCCUGGCCUAUGAGAACAAUCAGGUCUCCUUAACCUUGGUUAAUGUGCUUGUGAAUGGAGAGCUGCUCUCUAAGGUGUUUGUCAGAAUGAUGCAGCGGGACAAACCAAUAGAAAUGCAGCUGACAGCUGCUAAGUGCUUAACAUACAUGUGCAGAGCUGGUGCCAUCAGGACAGAUGACUGUUGUAUUGUUCUCAAGACCCUGCCAUGCCUGGUGCGUAUGUGCAGUAAGGAGCACCUGCUAGAGCAGAGGGUGGAGGGUGCAGAAACAUUGGCCUUCCUGUUGGAGCCGGAUGUGGAGCUGCAGCGCAUUGCCAGUGUUACCGACCAACUGGUGGCAAUGCUGGCUGACUACUUCAAGUACCCUAGUUCUGUGAGCGCCAUCACUGAUAUUAAGAGGCUAGACCAUGAUUUGAAGCAUGCUCAUGAGCUCAGACAAGCUGCCUUCAAGCUCUAUGCAUCACUUGGCUCUAAUGAUGAAGACAUCCGUAAGAAGAUCACAGAGACUGAGAACAUGAUGGAUAGGAUUGUCAGUGGCUUAUCAGAAUCGAGUAUCAAGGUUCGUCUAGCAGCUGUAAGAUGUCUCCAUAGUUUGUCUCGGUCAGUGCAGCAACUUCGAACUAGUUUUCAUGACCAUGCCGUCUGGAAGCCACUCAUGAAGUUGUUACAGAAUGCCCCUGAUGAAGUUCUGGUAAUGGCUUCAUCUACACUGUGCAAUCUGCUGUUGGAGUUUUCACCAAGCAAAGAGCCUAUCCUAGAAUCUGGAGUUAUUGACCUACUCUGUAGUCUCACACAGAGUGAAAGUCCAGCUCUGAGGAUUAAUGGCAUCUGGGCACUCAUGAACAUGGCAUUUCAAGGAGAUCAGAAGGUGAAAAUAGAGAUUCUACGGUCAUUAGGGACAGACCAACUCUUCUGCCUACUCUCUGAUGCUGAUGCAAUUGUACUAAUGAAGACGCUUGGCCUACUUCGCAACCUGCUGUCAACACGUGUGCACAUAGACCAGAUUAUGAGCUCACAUGGAAAACAAAUUAUGCAGGCAGUGACACUCAUCCUAGAGGGCGACCACAGUAUGGAGAUCAAGGAGCAGACCUUAUGUAUCCUGGCCAACAUUGCUGAUGGCAACACAGCCAAGGAACUCAUCAUGACAAAUGAUGACAUACUACAGAAAAUUAAGUACUACAUGGGACACUCAAAUGUAAAGUUGCAGCUGGCUGCCACUUUCUGUAUCUCAAACCUCAUCUGGAAUGAGGAGGAUGGUUCACAAGCACGACAGGACAAGCUGAGAGAGAUGGGAUUCGUGGAUGUGCUGCACAAACUUACCCAGGCUUUAGACCCCAACCUUUGCGACCGUGCAAAGACAGCAAUGCAGCAGUACUUGGCGUGACCUCAAUGGCUUGGAAGUUCACCUUUUUCUGUCUUUUGUUGCACAAGACACCUUUUAUUUUGAGCCAAGGCACUCUGUUGCUCAAAAAAGGUUGUGGGCCCAUGUUAUGUGUGACCCAAGCUUUAUUUGAUGUUCAUAUAUUUUAAUGUACUUUUUGGAUGUGAAGAUUGUACUCAAUGUGUGUAAGAGGCACUGUGUCACAGAACAUUUGGUGCUUUGGACUCCAUAAUGGAAUCUGAGCAGUCUCUGAGAGAAGUUACAUUAUCAUUUAUUUGAGUGGCAGUAAAUACUUGCUAUAAAUGUUAUUUUAAAUGCUUUAUCAGGAGGAGAUAUGAAACAGAUUUUUCCCUUGUGGAUAAAUACCUCAAAUGUAUGUAUGUGUGUGUAUGUAUAUACACACAUAUAUAUACAUAUAUAUUUUUGAUUUUUAAUACCUCCUUCCCCAUCAGAUAUCUGUGUCUUUUUUCAGAAAUGAAGUAAAUGCUAUUCAAGAGUAUGAAAAAAUGCUUAUUCACAUUUUGAGUAUUGGAACUAACACUCUGAUAAAAAAAAGAAAAAUAAAGUGGUGAUUACUUUCA